GUUGGAAAGGCCUGUCCCUUGGGGGUGGGAGGUACAGGGGAGUGGAAAGGGAGGGGGUUGCUAGACACCCCGCCACCCCCUGGAAGGAGGAGCUGGGGAGAGAGCAGCCCUGCAUGUUUAAAAGCAGAGGGAGCAAGACAAGGAUCCGUGAGCUUGGGGGGCCGAGACCUUCCCAGACAAGAGACAAGAUGGGCGAGAGCUUCACCGGAGGAGACAUCUACCAGAGGGACUUCUUGCCAAAGGACUACCUGGCCACUUACUACUCCUUCGACUCUGGCCCUGACCCCGAGUACCAGAUGCUCAAGUUCAAUCUGGAGUGUCUCUUCCAGACUUUCGUGCAGGGAGAUCUGCGGGGGGACACGCUGAUCGACGUGGGCUCCGGACCCACCAUCUACCAGGUCCUGGCCGCAUGUGAGUCCUUCCGAGAGAUCAUCCUCUCGGACUUCACCAACCCUAACCGCGAGGAGCUUCAGCGCUGGCUGCGGGCCGAGCCCGGAGCCCACGAUUGGACCCCUGCCGUGCAGUACGCCUGCGAGCUCGAGGGAAACAGAGAUAAGUGGCCGGAGAAGGAGGCGAAGCUACGUCGCAAGGUCACGCAAGUGCUCAAGUGCGACGCCAACAAGCCCAACCCAUUGGAGCCGCUGGAGCUGCCACCCGCUGACUGCGUCCUGACCAUGCUGGCCCUCGAAUGUGCAUGCCAUGACCUGAAUGCCUACCGGGCUGCACUGUGCCACCUGGCGGGGCUGCUCAAGGCAGGUGGCCGCUUGGUCACCACAGUCACCCUGGAGCUCGACUCGUACCUGGUCGGGGAGCGCAAGUUUUCAUGUGUGCGGCUGCAGCAGGAGGGCAUCGAGGCGGCCUUUAGGGAUGCCGGCUUCCACAUUGAAAGGCUCCAGCACAGCCCCCAGAGCUACUCCCGCACAUGUGCCCCCAAUAGCGGCGUCUGCUUCAUUGUGGCCCGCAAGAAGGAGGCCGCCUAGGGGCUCAGACCAAGGGAGACAGCCUAUAUCAGGCCCUACCACGUACCGUUCCCCCUCCAGGCAAGCAGCUUUCUCCUUGGUAGGAGGCACUUCCUGCAGGCAGCCUCCUCUUCGCUAACUGGAUUCUUUCCAGAAUUUUGAGUUAUCCCAACUCCCACCUACCUAGGGUGGGCAUUUUCUCUUUUGUAGGUGGUGGCAAUUUGCUAGCAGACGCUGCUUUGACUCUUUAAAUUACCUCAAGAGUGGAUUGUCUGGGCCUCUGUGCUUCCUAGAUUAUCCAUGACUUUCAGUUAUCUGCUUUCAACCAGUGACACAGGACAAUCAUGUGUUGGCCUGUUGUGGGGCAAAAAGUCCCCAACCCCCAGCCUUCCUUGAGGUCAGUGGCCCCAAGGGCAAGUAGGGGGUCCACCUGUGGCCUGAGAGGGGAUGCAGGACCUCUGCAGGGAGGACCUGGGCACCUACCCCACCCAAUCUAGAUGGCGUCUACAUGCAUAAAUUAUCCAGGUGAUCCAUGCUUCAAUUAACUCUGUCCACAAAAAACCCUGGGGUAAUUGAAGCCAGAGUCCAUGCUGGGGUCAGAAUUAUCUGAAUGAUCAGCUUGCGAGACCCAGAGGGAGACCUGGUGCAUCUGGGGAGGCACCAGAAGCUGGGGGUAGAAGGAGGAGGUCAGGUCAAAAUUCAGCCACACUCACUGUCCUUGGGGUUCAAUUGCACCUCUGCCCAUCUGAUGGUGAGGUUAGGGGGAGGUGAAGGGAGAGCUCCAGGGGCACCACAUUGGGGGUGAGAGUUUUCCUUAGAUUCAAGUGUCAUCACUCCUGCUCAGCACACUCUUUUGAGCAAAUGCAAUAAACCAUUGUCUCUGCUCACAAGAA